AUGACUGGUGAGGAAGCAACUGGUGAAGAAGGUGCUGCUGAAGAAAUUCCUGCAGAAGAGACUGGGGAAGAAGCCUCUGGUGAGGAGCCCGCUGGAGAAGAAGUGACUGGUGAGGAAAACGUUGAUGAGGAAGCAGCUGGAGAAGAAGAAGCUUCUGAAGAAACUCCUGCAGAAGAGACUGGUGAAGAAGCCUAUGGAGAGGAGACCGCUGGUGAAGAAACUCUUGCAGAAGAGACUGGUGAAGAAGUCUCUGGUGAUGAGCCCGCUGGUGAAGAAACUCCUUCAGAAGAGACUGGUGAAGAAGCCUCUGGAGAGGAGCCCGCUGGUGAAGAACCUCCUGCAGAAGAGACUGGUGAAGAAGCCUCUGGAGAGGAGCCCGCUGGUGAAGAACCUCCUGCAGAAGAGACUGGUGAAGAAGUCUCUGGUGAGGAGCCCGCUAGUGAAAAAACUCCUUCAGAUGAAACAGGCGAAGAAGGCGCUGUAGAAGAAAUUCCUUUAGAAGAGACUGCUGGUGAGGAAGCAACUGGUGAAGAAAUUCCUGCAGAAGAAACUGCGGGUGAGGAAACAGCCGGCGAAGAAAUUCCUGCUGGUGAAGAAACUCCUAAGAGACUGGUGAAGAAGUCUCUGGUGAAGAAGGUGCUGUUGAAGAAAUUCCUGCAGAAGAGACUGGUGAAGAAGUCUCUGGUGAAGAAGCCGCUGGUGAGGAGCCCGCUGGAGAAGAAACUCCUGCAGAAGUGA